AUGGAACUGCUGGCUGGGCAAUUGAAAGGUCGUCGCGUGCCAAUUGAGCCGAAGUCAGAACCCUCCACAGUGGUCAGUACCUACUUUGAGCAGUACAAAACCGAGAACAUCCAGACCGUCUUCAAGGAGUACUAUCCAUCGGCACAUUCCAGCCAACAAGAAAAAGAUCUUCUUGUGAAAAAGCGUUUGGAAAUAUCCAAGGCAGCGGAGCGCCUUGACGCAGACAAAAAGUCCUUUAGCGCAGCCAACCAUCAGGCAGCGCAGGAGCGAGAAGAAGAAGGUGUCAGGUGCUAUGAUUGGGCGUACGCCAGGCAAUCCUGUCUCCAAGUCCCCGAGGAGAAGACGUGA